CCCCCAACGCGAAACUCACUUUCUACUCAACGCAUAACGCGUGUUCACCGUUUCCACUCUCUCUUUCUCUACCUGUUUUUCUUUGUGCGAAACGUUUCGACGCUGCUCGGGGAACGGUCGGUCGGCGGCAUGACCGUGAAGAAGGAUCGGGUGUCGUUGGCUGCGGAGGCGGUCGAGAGGGUCGUCGAGUUUGAUCAUCAGGGGACUCACCGGGCGAAGCUGGCGGCAGUAGGGGCCAGGAUGGCGGGAGGGGAGGCGGAGACUGACACGGAGAGCGGGGGGUCAUCGACGGAGGAGGGGGAGUCGCCGAGGUCAGUGACCAUGUGGCGGCGGAGGAAGGCCGCGGCGGCGACGGCGACGGCGACGGCGGGGGCACUGCACAGCCAGGUGUUGAAGGUGAUGGAGGAGGACCUUCACCUCGGGGACGACGCCGUCGGCUUCAGUGGGAGGGAGUAUGAUAGCGGAAAAUCGGCAAACGGGAAAAACGACUGCGUUUCGUACCCGUUUCAUCAGAUUCUGAUCCUGUCGAGACCGGGGUUGCCGUGCUCGCCGCUCAGUGGCAAGGGCGGCUCCGCCGUCAAGACCACACACUAAGGGGAAAAAAAAAUCCUUAAGCAGGGGAGGAAGUGCAGCAGCAGCAGAUGGUAGGAUAUGGAGCCAGCAGUGCUGGAAGAUCAGCUAAGCCUUAGCUAAGCUUUAGGCGGAGAUGAUGACUAACUCUUCUUCUUCUUCUUUAGGAUCGAUCUCAGCUUUUGAGGAAUCUUUUCCCUUCCUUGUUCUAGAUGAAGAGAGAUGAAUGUACAGUGAAAAAAUCAAUCCUUGUUGUGUUAUGGAAGUCUAAAAUCUUUCUUCUAAUGUCGAAUCGUCAACCCGGUGAAGGGCCAGUCCUAUUCA